AUGGAUAACCAAAUCUAUGACUGGGAUGCCGAGCUCCUCAGAGCGGACUGGCGGAAUGUGGACUGGCGGCGAGAUAUGCACAACUUCCAACGUGUACCCUGGGCAGAGAUACGGACUGAAACCCUUAGACAGGUGGCCGAGCUGCACGCGCAGUAUGACCAGACUCACCCACCGUCGAGCUCCUGGCCCGUACGUAGUCCCGCGGCCGAGGAAUUGCUCCGUAGACAGGCCCUGGACGAGAGCAACUCCGGAACGGAUGCCCAAUCUGUAUAUGAUUGGAUGUCUGAACAGAGGGAAUACAGCACGGCCAUGGAAAUAGAUUACCCCGAUGUUCCCGAGCCCCCCGUAAUACCCGGACCGUCGGCUUCCAACACCUCGACAGGGGGCAAGUCGAGCGACCAGGGCGGGCCCUCCACGCCAUCUAAUCAACCAGAAAAGGAAAAUAAUCUCCCGGGCUGGAUUUACAAGGACGACCGGUACGGCCACUGGACGGUAGGUUUCCAGCUGGAGCUGCCCAUCGCCGUUUAUAGGAGAGGCGGGCUACUGGCCGACCCACCUCACCCCCACGACCGCCGGUGGGAAGCCGAGGAGAUCGUGACCGACUACAUGCCUUCGGAGAGGAUCAAGAAGAUCACGGUGGACCGUUUUAUCGCGGUGCUCAACGCCCAAACCGACAUGGUCUUCAUUGAUCGGGACGAGGACGAGGACUUAGCCAUUCACGACCUAAGGAUGGAGAAUCUGCAUCGGCUUGAACACGGACUCCCCCCCUUGGAGCACGGCAUCACGGGCAACAGUCCGUCACAAGCCUCGAAUAUAAGGCCUAUAAGCGAGUUAGCCAAGAACGCGGCGCGGCAGGGCCUAGGUAUGCUUAUACACAGCUAUUUCAACAACUCGGAACCCGCCAGAAACCUAAUGCUGGCGAGUGGGGAAGAGAUCCGAGAUGCCAUGAAUCGGGCUAUCAUGCCCGGUAUUCCUGGCCCCACGGAUAGGCGCGAUGCCGAGGAACACCUUGUGGAAUUACUUCAUCUAGAACAAUACCGGCUAAGGCGAGACAAGCGCCAUAUCCCCUUAGCCGGCAUGAGGCCGCGGUAUCGAGCCUUCUCUGUCUACGCAAUAGACGAGGUGAACCUGGAUUGUGUGGAACGCAGGCAUUACAGAAACUUCCCACCAAAUUGGGUAGCCCCCAAGGAACUAUACGGGUGGGUGACUAUUAAGAUCUCGUCACCGGUAAUGGCCUUCAAAUGGCCGCCUACGGAGCUCGAAAAAACGGUCACCGACAUUUGUAGAGUCGUACGUGAUAACUUCCGCGUGCACCGAGAAAUGCCCUGGAUCCCCGCCACGACCCAGAUUUCCGUCUCGCACAGCAGCGGUCUCACACUCAAGGAUAUCCAGAAGCUAUCGUCGUUCCUUGCCAUCGAGGCCGUAUUCAACGACCUACGGCGUUUCAACCGGUGGUAUCGAACCGGGGCGUCGCACGACAAGGUCUGCGGACCUAUCCGUAUCGUCUCCCAGCUAGCUAAGCUGGCGCAUACAAGCCCCAGCGCGGAUAACUUCGACGACAACAAGAUCGUGCCACUACACGGUCCUCUGCGCACAGAGCAGCUAAAGGAAGUAUCGAGGACGUAUCUACCCAUCGACAUGAUGCUGCAGACAGAAAGUCUAGCAGGUCGCAUUUUCCAUGCCAUGAUAUGGCAGUAUACGGACAUAGACGCCAUCGUGGCUGCCGUGGGCACGGGGUACCGGUCGCGUAAGACGGAGGUGAUGAUUAAAUGUCGGGGCGCAAAGGCUGUUGGGGAAAGCGCGAAGUCGACCCCUGAAUACGAAAUGGAGCAGGAAGAUCUAGAUCACGACCAAAAGUUCUUCCAAGUAGAUAAGCAAAGGGGAGUUUUCGAAUUCCGACAAAUGGGGGGAUCGCUUGACCCAUCGCACAUCAUGGCUUGGUUGAUCGUGUGCCAUCGGAUAACCGAAUUCAUGAGAACCAGCACACCGGCGCAGUAUCGGUUUGCCUUAGAACAGAUCAUAAGGGACAGGGUACCAGUCAUGGAAGCUAUAAAUAUUCCUGUUGAGGCUCGCCAGUUUCUCGAGAGCCAUAUCGGCCAGAGUGGGUAUCUGGAGUCAGAGUUUGACCCCAACGAUAAUAACAUCGACUGGAGAGACCCUUUUUACCCUCCAUACCCAAAGUAG